AUGGAGGGCUUGAAAAAAAAACAAGCCUCAAUACUUUCAGAUAUUCUUGAAACCUCAAAUGCGGUUACCGUUUUGGGUAUGAUGGGCAAAUACCAGCGCGAGUUGCCGCUUGUUGACGCUACCUUUAAAGCAAGCAACAUAUCAAUCAAUAGAGAGAAUAUUGAAGCCGAUGUCACACCUACAAAAGCGGGACAAAAAGCUUUGUCCGUCCAACAACAGAUCUUGACAACACAAGAAGAGCCUUCCUCGUUGUUGAAUAUCCCAUCAUGCUGGAUAGAUCGGAUUAUAGAUCUACUAUUAGGUGACGUAUAUGAAUAUGGCGGGGAGUUCAUUUCUGAAGCAGGUCGCCCCUCAACUUCACACUCGGGCUGCUUUCCGACUUGCCUGCCAGUAUAUGCCCUUAUAUGCAGAACGUGCAAGUCACAUAAUGGAAUGGUUCCAUAUCAUAGAGCUUCAACUAUAGUCUAUAAAUGUCCCAUUUGUAAUGUUGAAAACGAGGCCCUUGGAAACGAAGAAAAGGUGGAAAAAAUGGAAAAAGUAGAAAAUAUGGAAAGAAUGGAAAAAAUUGAGCCCUACGAUGAAAAUCAUCUAGAAAAUAGUGCCAAAGAAAGCCCUUGUAGAUUUGAAGAAAGCACAGAGAAUACGCAGCUUGAAACAAGCCCAAAUGAUGAAGAUGAAAAAAGCCCAUUAAGCAGGAAAGGCACUAGACGCAAAUCGUCGCUUGGGAAUUCUAAGAGUCAGAGAAGGAAACAAACUUCAGGCUAA